UCACGCUUUUCCUUUUCCUGAUUUUCGUCUUCCAGAGCACUCAAAUACUGAAAGAGACUCACACUCUCUUCGCACAAAUUCAGCAUAAUUUCGUGCAUUUCACGCUUCGCUCUUCGAUCGAUAAGCUGGCCUUCAGAUCUUUCUUGUCACUGAUCGGUGCUAAGUCUAUCCCAGCUCUUAAUAUAUUCAUGGCUAGUGAAGCUCUUGUGGGCGCUUGCAAUGGCACUGUCAGCACACAACCUGAUCCUCAGAGGACUUAUCAAGUUGUUGUUGCUGCUACGCGGACUAUGGGUAUUGGUAAGGAUGGGAAAUUGCCCUGGAGGUUGCCUUCUGACCUCAAAUUUUUCAAGGAUGUCACCAUGACUACAUCAGAUCCAGCAAAGAAGAAUGCUGUCAUAAUGGGAAGGAAAACAUGGGAAAGCAUACCUCUAGAGCAUCGGCCCCUGACUGGUCGCCUCAGUGUUGUUUUAACUCGUUCAGGGAGUUUUGAUAUUGCAACUGCAGAGAAUGUUUUAAUGUGUGGGAGCUUGAUCUCUGCUUUGGAGUUAUUAGCAUCAUCUCCUUAUUGUCUAUCCAUCGAGAGAGUGUUUGUUAUAGGUGGUGGCCAGGUCCUAAGAGAGUCCCUCAAUGCUCCUGGAUGUGAUGCUAUCCAUAUUACUGAAAUUGAAGGAGACAUUGAUUGUGACACUUUCAUCCCUGCUAUUGAUGCUUCAGAAUUCCAGCCAUGGUACUCGUCGUUCCCCUUAGUUGAGAAUGGUCUUCGCCAUUGUUUCACUACGUAUGUUCGUGUGAGGAAUUCUGCAGUUGAAACCCCAAUCAAGACUAAUGGCUUGCUGUCUGAUAGUAGCUCAGACUCGGUAAAGUUUGAUGUAAGGAUGUUCUCUUUCCUGCCCAAAAUGAUAUUUGAGAAGCAUCAGGAGUACCUUUACUUGAGAAUGGUCGAAGAUAUCAUUUCUAAUGGUGCUUUAAAGGAUGACCGCACAGGGACUGGUACUUUGUCAAAUUUUGGUUGCCAGAUGAGGUUCAAUCUACGAAAAUCUUUUCCACUGCUUACAACCAAGAAAGUGUUUUGGCGUGGAGUUGUGGAAGAACUUUUGUGGUUCAUCAGUGGGUCAACAAAUGCCAAGGUCUUACAAGAAAAGGGCAUUCAUAUAUGGGAUGGUAAUGCAUCCAGAGACUACCUCGACAGCAUUGGCUUGGCGGAUAGAGAAGAAGGUGACCUGGGUCCAGUGUAUGGGUUUCAGUGGAGACACUUUGGUGCAAGGUAUACUAACAUGCAUGCUGACUACACUGGCCAAGGAUUUGAUCAGUUGCUAGAUGUUAUUGACAAGGUAAAAAACAAUCCAGAUGACCGUCGUAUAAUUCUUUCAGCAUGGAACCCUUCGGAUCUCAAGCAGAUGGCACUUCCACCUUGUCACAUGUUUGCACAGUUCUAUGUGAAUCAAGGAGAGUUAUCUUGUCAAAUGUAUCAGCGAUCUGCAGAUAUGGGUCUAGGUGUCCCAUUUAACAUAGCAUCGUAUGCCUUAUUGACAUCCAUCAUUGCCCAUGUUUGUGAUCUUGUUCCUGGUGAUUUUAUUCAUGUUCUUGGUGAUGCUCAUGUCUAUAGCACUCAUGUCAGACCUCUGCAGGACCAGCUUCAGAAACUGCCUAAACCUUUUCCUAUUUUGAAGAUCAAUCCCAAGAAGAAGGAUAUAAAUGCUUUUGUGGCUGAUGAUUUUGAACUCAUAGGCUAUAAUCCUCACCAGAAGAUAGAAAUGAAAAUGGCAGUAUAGAGCUACCUUCUACCUUCUGAUUUUGGGAAAGAUUACAUGUGGUUUUUGGGCGUCGAGUUUUUCCAUAACGACGUGGAUAUGCUAAACUUAUUACCUACAUAGCAACUGGGAAUCCUUUAGUUCCACAUAAAAUUUGUGGGUGCCAAGGUGAUUUGGAUAUUUAGUUCUGUUUUGAUUGCUUGCUGGGCAGAGAUUAUUAUGUUAACAUUUGUGUUAAAGGUGAAGUUGAACCAACAGCCUCCCUCUCUUAUGACUUGUGUUUUCUACCUUGUGGGACUGGUUGAUAUCAAUGGAAACACACAAACUAAAGACUUUGUAUUCAAGUGUUGAUACAGGUUCCUCCAUGUGGAAUUCAUCUAUUACAGUCUCACAUCAGUUAGAUUUGGAUCAUUUCCUCU